CGCUGCUUGUGGACUCAGCAGCCUCCAAAACCCUAAACCCUGAAAAUACGUUUCUUCUAGAUUCUUCUGUCUCACACUCCCCUGUCGUCUUCUUUAUUUACCCUCUCCUCUUGCUGAUCACCUGCUUUCCCACUUAAAUUCCCCAAAGCCCUAAAUUUCUCUCUCCUCUCUCAUCAUUUUCUCUCCAAGCUCCAGAAACCAUGUAUCGCUUCGCCGCCAAUCUUGCUUCCAAAGCCCGGCUUGCUAGGAAUAAUACUCAGCAGGUUGGUAGCAGGUUGGCUUGGAGCAGAAAUUAUGCCGCGAAAGACAUAAAAUUCGGUGUUGAGGCGCGAGCGUUGAUGCUUAAAGGUGUUGAAGAGCUCGCUGAUGCCGUUAAAGUUACAAUGGGGCCGAAAGGACGCAAUGUUGUUUUGGAACAAAGUUUUGGAGCCCCUAAAGUCACAAAGGAUGGUGUUACUGUGGCGAAGAGCAUUGAGUUCAAAGACAGAUUCAAGAACAUUGGUGCUAGCCUUGUAAAGCAGGUUGCUAAUGCUACAAACGAUGUUGCAGGCGAUGGUACGACUUGUGCAACAAUCCUCACCCGUGCUAUAUGUUCUGAAGGGUGCAAGUCAGUGGCAGCUGGAAUGAAUGCCAUGGACUUGAGACGCGGCAUCUCAAUGGCAGUUGAUGCUGUGGUGACAAACUUGAAAAGCAGGACACGGAUGAUCAGCACAUCUGAAGAAAUAGCACAGGUUGGCACAAUAUCAGCAAAUGGGGAAAGAGAGAUUGGUGAGCUUAUAGCAAAGGCUAUGGAGAAAGUUGGCAAAGAGGGUGUUAUUACCAUUGCUGAUGGGAAAACCCUAUACAAUGAAUUGGAGGUGGUUGAGGGAAUGAAGCUGGACAGAGGCUAUAUAUCCCCUUACUUCAUCACCAAUCCAAAGAACCAAAAAUGUGAAUUAGAAGAUCCGCUUAUUUUAAUUCAUGAGAAAAAAAUCUCAAGCUUAAAUGCUGUGGUGAAAGUGCUAGAGUUGGCACUGAAGAAGCAAAGACCUUUGCUGAUUGUUUCUGAAGAUGUGGAAAGUGAAGCCUUAGCCACUCUCAUUCUCAACAAGCUUCGUGCUGGAAUCAAGGUUUGUGCCAUCAAAGCUCCUGGGUUUGGAGAAAACAGGAAGGCAAAUUUGCAGGACCUUGCUAUCCUCACAGGAGGCGAGGUUAUAACUGACGAGCUUGGUUUGAACCUGGAAAAAGUAGGACUGGAAAUGCUUGGCACAUGCAAAAAGGUUACAGUAUCAAAGGAUGAUACCGUUGUCCUUGAUGGUGCUGGUGAUAAGAAAGCAAUCGAAGAAAGAUGUGAGCAACUAAGGUCGUCGAUCGAAUUGAGCACUUCUGAUUAUGAUAAGGAUAAGCUUCAAGAGAGACUAGCAAAGCUUUCUGGUGGUGUUGCUGUCUUGAAGAUUGGAGGAGCCAGCGAAGCUGAGGUCAGCGAGAAGAAGGAUAGGGUUACUGAUGCUUUAAAUGCAACGAAGGCAGCUGUGGAGGAAGGAAUUGUACCAGGUGGUGGUGUUGCUCUUCUUUAUGCCUCAAAGGAGCUGGAAAAGCUGCAUACUGCUAACUUUGAUCAAAAGAUUGGUGUCCAGAUAAUCCAGAAUGCUCUCAAGGCUCCGGUGCACGCCAUUGCUUCUAAUGCAGGAGUUGAGGGGGCAGUUGUUGUAGGCAAGCUAUUGGAGCAGGAUGAUCCUGACCUUGGAUAUGAUGCUGCUAAAGGUGAAUAUGUGAACAUGGUCAGCAAUGGAAUUAUUGAUCCAUUGAAGGUCAUUAGAACAGCCUUGGUGGAUGCUGCAAGUGUCUCUUCAUUGUUGACUACAACCGAAGCUGUUGUUGCUGAAAGUCCCAAAGAUGAGAAGGAAGCACCAGCAAUGGGUGGCGGCAUGGAUUAUUAGAAUUGAUGGUCAUGCCCCGAUUCAGUCCUCUACCUCAAACAAUUGUUUUAAGAACCAGAAACUACAUGAAUUGGACAUAUGAUUGGUUAGAUAGCAAUUUAGCUCUUCAUUUGUUUAGGUUUUUUUUAAAAAAUAUUAUUCCUUUCGGGAAGCUGGACGACAAUACAAUCUGGAGAGGUCAGACUAUAGGGAGUUCUUUUUGGGAUAUUAUUGGUGGUUUUACUUACUAAUUUAUCAUUUACAUAAAUAAUCAACUCUGAUAAUUGUUGCCAAGGAUAUUCACAUUGAUCAAUUCUUAGCUUAGUAUGAAUUGAAAAAAGAGAGUUGGUUGGAGAUUUUUUUGGUGUUGGACUUGAGUGAAAUGGCUA